AUGUCUAAUCUCAAUCUAUAUGCAGUUGGAGCUAUUCUGUUCCUUGAAACACUGUGUGGUUGUAUUCGUUCGACAGUCGGACACUAUGUCUACAAAUUAUAUUUACAAACGUAUUCGUCGUCUAUUACAUCGACGUACCUCAAUGGUAGUUCCAAUUAUGAUGUCCACAAUUUCAGUACGGUUAACAAUGAUACAAAUUGUAGACCGAAUGCACACAUUGUGACUAGUGGAGCCCAAGCGUGGGCACAACAACGUUCGGCCAAUCUAUUCUUUUGGAUCGAUCUAUCGAAUGGUAUCCCGGUAAUUAUUGCAACUUACAUACUCGGCGUUUAUACGCCAAGAUUGGGCAUACGAUUGGUAGCCCUGCUGCCGAUGGCAGGCUUAUCUCUUCAAAUUAGUAUUUGGUUAGGAAUCAUAUAUUUUCAAUUAGCAGAUUAUUGGUGGAUUAUUGCCUCAAUUGUCGUUGGUCUAUCUGGAUCUGGAAGUGUUCUCAUCUUUGUGCUCCAUUUGAUUGUUACCGAAUGUACAACUGAAAGUGAACGUUCGUCUCGCUUUGUUCUUCUCGGUGCGAUAACAACGAGUAUAUCAGCGGUGGCAACAUUUGUAAUUGGUUAUUACAUAUCAUGGCGUGGUUUUACCGAUCUAUUUUGGAUAGCUUUGAUGCUGCGGUUGAUGUCGAUUGUAGUUGGACUUCGUUUCAUUAAUCCAAGUCAGUUCAUUGUCGAAACUUCAGCAACGUUAGAGUGUAAAAAUGAUUGUUUAUCAUCAUCGCCAUGUGUCAAUAAUGUUUAUAUCAGAAAACCGUCGAAAUUAUGGGCCGAAUUUUUCGAAGUAUUUACUGUAUUUGCAUUUAAUCGUCGAUCACGUAAAAAAUCGAUCAGUCUUUACUUGACACUUUUGGCCUUUGCUGUGUACAUAUUUACAUCGUCAUCGAUGAGUGUACUUCUUUGGUAUCUUCUCAGUGUUCCAUUUUGCUGGUCAUCCAAAGAGAUAGGAAACUAUUCAGCUGUAUCGGCGGUUGCAUCCGCAGUUCUACGUCUAGUUGGCAUAGAAGCGUUAACGAAACUCGGCGCCAGUGAUCCCCUUGUCUGUGCUAUUAGUCAUAUUCUUUUUUGUGGUUCAGUUGUGUGGACUGCAUUUGCUCAACACAAUUGGGCCAUUUAUGUGACAUUAUUAAUAAGUCCUUUUACGAUGUAUCGAGGUUCAUUGACAUGGUCAAUGAUAUCCAAAUGGUUGGAACCAUACGAACGAAGUCAUGCUUUCACAUUUGUCACAGAAACAAACGUGAUAAUGAUAGCUGCUGGUGGUUCAUUCUUCAACUGGCUUUAUGCUCGUACUAUAGUACACAAUCGAAAAUUCACCUUUCUGCUUGCUGCCGGCUUGAAUAUCAUUCCAUUCAUUCUCAAUAUAUAUCUUUUGUUAGUAACUCGAAAACUAGCUGCUGAGGAUAACAUUACUCGACUAAUGGAAAUCGAUUCGGACGUUACUCAAUUGUUGGAGAG